CUGUGAGCUCCCAUUCAUUUCCUGAGAACUGCCCUGAGCAGCUGAGAGGAGCUGAGAGGGGAGGGAGUCACACACAUACACACAUAUACACACACACACACACACACACAGAGAGAGACAGACAGAGAGGACUGUAUAAGGAAGACAGUUUCUGUCGCUCUUCAGCUCCUGACGCCAUCAAUAACAGGAUGUUAAUGCUAGACGGAAUGCCUGCAGUCCGAGUCAAAGCAGAACCUCUGGAAUCUGAGAGAGGGUCCCCCAAAGUGCACGGCUAUCCUGAUAUGGAGACUGUGCCGCUCCUGCUCAGCAAAGUGAAGGCAGAACCUCCAGAAGACCUGCUCUCAUCCGAGCAGUUCCAAACCCAGACAGAGCCUGUAGACCUGUCCAUCAACAAGACAAGGACAUCAUCGCCUUCCUCCAACACCUCAGCCUUCUCUCCAUCUUCAUCAUCGUCAUCCUCACCUUCUGUCAUCACCUCAGUCUCCUCGGGAAUGCCCUCCGUUUUGACACCCGGGUCUUUGGUGGGCUCUCCUCAUGGAGUUAGAGGCCAGCAAUUUUUGCACAUCAUCCACCCCGUCCCUCCUUCCAGCCCCAGUAAACUUCCCAGUCAGGUGCACCGUAUCCCUGUGGUGGUGCAGUCGCUGCCCCUCAUGUACACCACAGCCGUUCACUCCCCGGCAACCCUCAACUCCACAAUCAUGUUACCUCUCCUGGACGAGGCCAAGUACCAGGGCAAAGCACAAACAGACCCCAAUGGCCUGUCGCCAAGACAAAUCAAAAGUGACAGUGAUGAUGACGACCUGCCAAAUGUGACCUUGGACAGUGUUAAUGAAACAGGAUCGGCGGCGCUGUCUAUAGCACGAGCAGUCCAGGAUUCCAUGUCACCAUUCAGUAUUGAGAGCAUUCGACGGCCACAGCCCGCUGAAUCUCCAGACUCCAAGAAAAGACGCAUCCACAGGUGUGAUUUUGCAGGGUGUAAUAAAGUUUAUACCAAGAGCUCCCAUUUAAAGGCACACCGGAGGACACACACAGGUGAGAAGCCAUACAAGUGCACCUGGGACGGCUGCACAUGGAAGUUUGCCCGCUCAGACGAGUUGACACGGCAUUACCGUAAACACACAGGGGUCAAACCCUUUAAGUGCGGGGACUGCGACCGAAGCUUUUCCCGCUCAGACCAUCUGGCCCUGCACCGUCGCAGACACAUGCUGGUUUGAAGCCACCCACUCACUCACUCGCACACACGGGAGAGCUGGAUCUCCCCCAAAAAUGUUCAGCUGGGCUGGACACAGAAAUGGCCAUCCCUGCCCCUGAGAGUGAGGAUAAAACAGCAAGCCAAGGAGGAGUAAGAUGCUUUCCCCACAUUUGCAGAGCUAAACGGGGUCCAUUCAGGAAGGGAGGAGUCCUGAAACAUUUGGAGUCCAGUAUGUUGAUUGUCUCAUGUCUGGUCAAAGGAUUAUUUCACUCGGACAAACGGUUUGUUUUUUUAUUUUUCCUUUCUUAAUCAUCCGUGUGGUCUGUUUAAAUAUGGAUGCUUCUCACUCAACAUCUACAAUGUAAAA